AUGCCCUUUGUACAACAAUUUUAUGAUAAUGCAAAGCUUCUUAAAGGCACAAACUCCUCAUUCAUAUCACUACUUUCAAAAGUUGAUAAUCUUGUAAAACUGAAUGAGUAUCGCCCAAUAUCUUUGGUUGGGUGCAUGUAUAAAAUAUUGGGCAAAACUCUUGUUAGGAGAUUGAAGGUGGUACUAUCUUCGCUUGUGGAUGAGAGACAAAUGGCUUUCAUGGAAGGUAGGGGGUUGUUACAAAGUUCUGUCAUAUUGAAUGAGACUUUGGAUGAGGUGAAGCGGAUGAGGAAGCCAUGCAUAUUCUUUAAAGUUGAUUUUGAGUUGGCGUAUGACUCGGUGUCAUGGUCUUUCCUAUUGUACAUGCUUCAAAGAUUCAAGUUUGAUGAUCGAUGUAUUAGGUGGAUCAACGAAUGCUUGUCUUCGUCAUCCAUGUCAGUAUUAGUUAAUGGAAGCCCAACCAAGGAGUUCCAAAUGAAAAAAAGGAUUAGAAAAAGAGACCCCUAG